AUGGCCAUAGUACGGUCUGUUAUUUCUAUUGCAGCUGCUAGACAUUGGCACAUCCAUCAAAUGGAUGUUUACAAUGCUUUCCUACAAGAAGACCUCUAUGAAGAGGUGUAUAUGACACUUCCUGAAGGUUUCAGUGGGGAAUUUGGAAACAGUCAAGCAUGUAAAUUGAGUGAUGCUGGAAUUUUAAUACACCAGAGGAAGUAUGCCUUAGAGCUCAUAUCCGACAUGGGGUUAGCAGGUGGCAAACCAGUUUCAACCCCAAUGAAAUUGAAUCAAAAACUUACUACAGUGGAAUUUGAUGACAACAUUCCACCCACACAUCCUGAUGAAAUGUUGAAGGAUCCUGCUAGUUAUCAAAGGUUAAUUGGGAGGUUGUUGUACCUCACCACCACCAGAUCAAAUAUAUCAUUUGCUGUACAAUGUCUGAGCCAAUUUAUGCAUUCUCCAAAGGCUUCACAUAUGAAAGCUACACUCAGAUUAGUGAGAUAUUUGAAGUCAGCACCAGGUCUUGGUAUUCUGAUGUCUUUUGUAGGGGGAACUGAGCUAAAAGUGUUUUGUGAUGCAGACUGGGGUGCAUGCAUUAAUAGUAGAAGAUCAGUCACAUGGUACCUGAUACAAUAUGGAGGUUCACUUAUAUCUUGGAAGUCUAAGAAAUAG